CUAGGCGGGAAGUGACGCAAAUCUCAUGUUUGCUGGUGUGUCUGCAGUUGGCCAGAGGCUGGAAUUGCCGUCUCUGGCUUACCGUAAAUUAGCGAAGCCGAGAAAAAAUGGCCGAGUACUUGGCGUCCAUUUUCGGCACAGAGAAAGACAAAGUCAAUUGCUCUUUCUACUUUAAAAUUGGUGCAUGUCGCCAUGGAGACCGGUGUUCCAGAUUGCAUAACAAGCCGACUUUCAGCCAGACAAUUGCCCUUUUGAACAUAUACCGCAACCCGCAGAACACUGCACAGUCGGCUGAUGGCCUCCGCAGUGCUGUCAGUGACGUGGAGAUGCAGGAGCACUACGACGAGUUCUUUGAGGAGGUCUUCACGGAGAUGGAGGAGAAAUACGGAGAGGUGGAGGAGAUGAACGUGUGCGACAACCUGGGGGACCACUUGGUUGGGAACGUGUAUGUGAAGUUCCGGCGCGAGGAGGAUGCAGAGAAGGCGGUCAUGGACCUGAACAACCGCUGGUUCAACGGUCAACCCAUCCAUGCUGAGCUGUCGCCCGUCACCGACUUCAGGGAGGCCUGCUGUCGCCAGUACGAGAUGGGGGAGUGCACUCGAGGCGGUUUCUGUAAUUUCAUGCACCUGAAGCCCAUCUCUCGUGAGCUUCGCAGGGAGCUGUAUGGACGCAGGAGGAAAAGGCACCGAUCUCGUUCGCGCUCGCGAGAACGGCGUUCGCGCUCACGAGACCGAGGUGGCAGGAAAGACCGCGAGAGGCGGAGAUCGAGGGACCGCGAGCGGUACGGCCGGUUCUGAGAGCAGUGACGGGAAACUGCGCACCUCCCCUCUCUCAAAAUAUAAUCUCCUCACACCGUUUGGAGAUUUCCCAAUCAGCUUUUCUUCCUUUUUUUGUCCUUUCUUCGCUGUUUAAAGAAAGUGUUUCUUAAUAAAAGCCUUUGUGGUGGUUCUGUUUUGUCUGCA